AUGAAGAUUGCCAUGCUUCAAAUGGGGUUUGUGUCAUUCCUGCAAUCAAUGAUUGUUGAAGAGCAGGUGCAGAGAAGAAUGGCUGAAAUAUCAGAUGAAACAGUCAAUGAAAAGAUGCAGGUUGAGAGUGAUGCUGGAAAGUCAAUUGGACAACAUGAAGGUAUUACUGCAUUUAUAAAUGAAGCCAAUCAUAAUUUCCUGAAUCCUUUGGUGGCCCCAGGUAGAGUCACUAGAGAGGCUGAUGAGCACAAAAUACCUGAAUUCCUGGAUGAUGCCUGGUCCGCUGAUGUCUAUCUCUUUGAAAUUCUGGACAUGAGAAGAGAAAGAGCAGGAGCUACACCACUUAGAAACCUUUGA